AUGGCAAAGGUAGCUGGGAAGAAACCUUGGAUAUACCUCACUCAACUAAAGAAAGCUACCUCCAGGGACUUAGACACCCACUGGACCAUCCAGAAACCUGAAGCCAACCAGGACUCUCUUAAGGCACGGCGCUGGCAGUGGCGGCGGAGGGUGUCCGUCAGUGCUGAACAUGCUGGUAGGAAUGCCCUAGCACUUCAUGCUCAAAUGAAGCAAAACAACCCAGGGCCUAUGGGUGAAACACUCUUGUGCCAGUUGAGCUCAUAUGCGAAGACAGAGCUGGGCUCUCAGAGUCCAGAAAGUAGCCACAGUGAAGCCAGCCGAAUACUGGAUGAAGACAGCUGGAGUGAUGGGGACCAGGAACCCAUUACUGUGGAUCAGACAUGGAGAGGUGACCCUGACAGUGAAGCUGAUAGCAUAGACAGUGAUCAAGAAGAUCCCCUAAAACAUGCUGGUGUUUACACAGCUGAAGAAGUGGCUCUUAUUAUGCUCGAGAAGUUAAUUCGUUUGCAGUCUUUGUACAUUGAUCAGUUUAAACGGCUACAGCACUUGAUCAAGGAGAAGAAGCGCCGGUACUUGCAAAAUCGCAAAGUUGAACAUGAAGCUCUAGGUACCAGUCUUCUGACGGGCCCAGAGGGACUCCUGGCCAAAAAAAGGGAGAAUUUGAAACGAUUAAAAUGUCUUCGGCGAUACCGCCAGCGCUAUGGAGUAGAAGCCUUAUUACACAGGCAGCUGAAGGAACGCAGAAUGCUGGCCACAGAUGGUGCUGCCCAACAGGCCCAUACCACUCCUUCCAGUCAGAGGUGCUUAGCCUUUGUGGAUGAUGUUCGUUGUGCGAAUCAGUCUCUUCCAAUGACCAGACACUGCUUUACUCAGGAAGAUGCAGCUACCAUUGAUGACCUAUUAGCUCUUUACUGUGGUUUAAUGGACACUGCACUGGACUGA